AUUUGUUUCAGACAUGCCAGACAAAAAUGUUACAAUACAGUUUGCACGAAGAACAGAUGUAAUGCCUCCAGUUCCUAUUGAAACAAGGCACCAUCCCUCUGCUGUUGAUUUACUGCUUAUCAAACGCCUUGCUGCAGAGACUUCAAAACAGACCCUUCUGCAGUUUCUCCAGCAUGAAUUUGUGAACAUUGGCAAAUCCUAUGCAGAGCGUUUAAUAGGCAUGUAUUCACGUUUGCAACCCCUCUUUCACUCGAGGAGUCAUUUGAAUGGAACUCACUCUGCAGCUGUUGUUAUGGCAUCUGGGCUGAUUUUAUGA